AUGCGUACUAAUAGCAGUAUUAUCGAUAACAGCAUUAUCAGUGAGGUUCGUCCCUUAUGCCGCAAACACUGGACAACGUGGGUGACCAUAUGGCCGUUCGUGUUCCUUUAUGCGGCAAGCAUAGCUCUCUACCAUAACCCGGAGCUUAUCUGGGACCGAAUUACGUACCUGGUACACCAGACCUACAUUGAUUUUCUUCAUACUACCUUUUUACCGCUUAGUAUCUUUUUACACGUGUUCCUUUCGAUGUUCACGAUCUGGUCCGUUAAGUUCCGCUCAAAUAUACUUUAUAAGACUGUGCCUCUGGAAAGGCUAGGGGAUGCUACGGAUGUGUUGGUGAUCACGCACUCUCAUAAGGGCGAAUCUGAGGUUGUGCCUUUGCAGCAAGAAUCUGAGAAGGAUUCACAGCCGUGUUUUGUGUUUCAGCAGCGGAAGUGGAAAUUGGAUGAUAAGAAGGGUUUAUUUGUGAAGCCCACCUUUCCUACAAAAUACUCCUUUUCACACUACAUCAACUGGAAGGGUAUUCCCACCGAGGCAAACCGUGAAAAACAGUUGGACACGUACGGCUUAAACAAAAUGGAGGUGAUUAUACCCGACUUUCACGACCUCUUUGUUGAUCAUAUGCUCUCCCCUUUUUUUGUAUUUCAGAUGUUUUGUGUAUUGCUUUGGUGCCUUGACGAGUACUGGUACUAUUCUCUUUUCACAGGCGUCAUGAUGGUGGGCAUGGAGUGUGCGACGGUAUACCAGAGAAUCCGUAAUAUGCGUAUGCUGCGUGAUAUGGCGGAAAUUCCCUUGCGCGAUGCCAAGGUGAUUCGAAACGGUAAAGAGGUUGACAUUAAGACAGAUGCCUUGCUACCUAUGGAUAUCCUCGUGGUUCCUAGCAACCAACCAUGCCCAGUGGAUGCGGUUCUGGUCAAAGGCACUUGUGUGGUCAAUGAAGCGACGCUGACGGGUGAGUCCACACCACAGCUCAAGGAAGCUGUAGACGACAUCGAUCUCGCUCUUAACAUCAAGAAGCACACGCGGCACAUGAUAUUUUCCGGUACACAAAUUCUUCUGAGCAGUGGCCCCAAGGAGGAGCUUGACAAUAACCUUAAGUCCCACUCAAAAGCUCCCAGCAAUGCCCUCGCAGUGGUUCUCAAGACAGGGUUUGAGACCAAGCAAGGUAAGCUGCUGCGCACCAUCUUGCAUAGCCAAGGCCGUGUGAGUGAGAACAGCGGCGAGGCCUUCGCCUUUAUCGGUGUCCUAGUCGUGUUCGCUCUGGCUGCCAGCGGCUACCUGCUCAAGCACGGACUGGCAGACCCGCGUCGCAACCGGUGGAAGCUUUUCCUAUCCAGCGUCCAAAUCGUCACGUCGGUGGUCCCACCAGAACUUCCGAUGGAACUCUCUCUCACGGUCAACACUUCCCUGCUCGCACUCUCGAAAAUCUCCAUCUUCUGCACGGAGCCAUUCCGUAUUCCUUAUGCAGGUAUGGUCGACACGUGCUGCUUUGAUAAGACCGGGACUUUGACAACGGAUGAGAUGCUCUUCGGCGGUGUUGACAUGGUCGACGGCAGGGGGUUGUUGAGCACGCUCAAGGCGAUUCCGAAAACAUCUGAUAUGGUGCUGGCGACCUGCCACUCGCUGGUAUACCUGGACGAGAAUACGCUCGCGGGAGACGAGAUGGAAAAGGCCGCUGUGAGUGUUCUCGGCUACCGCAUAGACGACGACAACAACAUUCUGUAUGACCCAGCAUCCGUAAAUGAAAAGAGUGAGGAUAAGACAGGUUCAAAAGCUUCUCUGACUUCCACCAAGGUGCUUGGGAAUUCCAACAAAGGGGAGCAUAAGCAGCCUUUGGAGAAGCGAUUUAAGAUCCUCGCGCGUUUUCCUUUUGUGGCGUCGCUGCGACGCAUGUCCUGCAUUGUACGAACAAACGAUGGAACUUAUGUGGUCACGAAGGGAUCGCCGGAGACUAUCGCUGCUCUCUGCAGCAGCACACCGACGGAUCUCUUAAAGAUUUCCGAGCAGACCGCGUCGAAGGGGUAUCGCGUAAUCGCGCUUGGCUAUCGCCGCCUGACCCAAGAAGAGUGUUAUUUCAAGGAUGGUGUCGCCGCUCUUAAACGGGAUGACGUGGAGAAGGAACUGAAUUUUGCUGGGCUUGCGGUUUACGUGUGCCCGCUCAAGAAGGAUGCUCGCGAGACGAUUGAGAAUCUCGUGGGGGGGUCGCAUCGCUGCGUUAUUAUCACUGGUGACAGCGUCCAGACUGCGAUAUCUGUUGGCAGGGACGUCACGAUGCUGCUCUCCAAGCGGCAGCUGAUCGCGAAGCUGUCGGAGGAUGGUGCGGUGACUUGGGUCGAUGCCGUGACGGGUAGCAUCGAGAGAGGUAGCACGGAGAUCAUCAUCGCCAACACCUUUGUGUACUCUCGUAAAAAGUUGAAACCGCGGGAGGAUGAGUGGGAUCUAUGCGUCAAUGCAGAAAACAUGCCCUCCGAGGCCUUCGAAAAUAUUGUUAAGAACUUUAGUGAGUGCGUCGCGGUCUGGGCUCGUUGCGCUCCUUCUCAAAAAGAAGAAAUCAUCACAGAUCUGAAGCUGAAGAAGCAUGUUGUUAUGAUGGCCGGUGACGGCACGAACGAUGUGGGCGCGCUCAAGCAAGCCCACGCCGGCAUUGCUGUCCUAAAUUCAUCUUCAGUACAGGUGAAAACUCCGGAAGGGGAAGUGCAGGUGGGCCCACAACCGCACAACGAGCCUGACCUGCCAUCUGAUAUGAAGGUGCCACCCAACUUCAAGUUUACCAUUGUACCCCCGCAGCCACCCAUGGGCUCUGCCUUCACUGAGGUAAUGUCCUUCAAGAUGUCCGAGGCGAAGCGAAAGGUAGAAAUCGCACAGAUAAAGAAGUGGAAUGAAACGCUGAAGGCAGCCGAAAAGGCGAAGAAGGAUGCCAAGGCCGCAGCACCGCCUCCGCCGUUGGGCGCUGCAAUGGGGGGGUCUGAAUUCCUCAUGGAGUCUAUGUUCAACGCCGAGGAUGAUGGCUUUGGUGGGGCGCCGAUGAUCAAACUCGGCGAUGCCUCCAUUGCGGCCCCCUUCACCUGUCGCUCCAAGGCACUCACGUCGGUUUGCGAUAUCAUCCGCCUGGGCCGCAGCACACUAGUCACGACGCACAUGAUGUACAAGAUCCUGGCCCUCAGCUGCCUGAAUUCGGCGUAUUCAAUGUCGGUGCUUCAUCUGGAUGGGGUAAAGAUGGGCGAGAAGCAAAUGAUUUUGUCCGGGGUGAUAUUGUCGGUAUGUUUUAUGUUCAUGUCGCGCAGCAAACCCCUCACACGUCUGUGUCCGCAGCGACCCGUCACGCGUGUCUUCCACCCUUACAUGGUCUGCACCGUUUUCUUACAGUUCGCGCUCCAUCUUUAUUGCAUGAUAAUGACCUCAAGAAUGGUUGGCGAGGUCGAUGCAGAGACGAUGCUUGAGAUGAAGAAGUUCGGCGAAGGGGACUCGUUCAAGCCCACACUACUAAAUUCAACAAUGUUUCUCAUGACGACACUCAUGUCUGGGACUAUUUUUGCUGUCAACUACCGCGGAGAACCUUUUAUGCAGAGCAUUUACAAGAACCGUCCCAUGUUCAUUGCUCUUGUGAUUCUUGCUCUCGUGAUCGUUUCUUUUGCUACUGAGUCUGAUCCAGAGGUAAAUAAACUAUUCGAAAUUGUAGUCUUCCCAUCACUGGAGUUUCGCACUCGUUUUUUGAAACUGCUCGCUUUGGAUGCAUUUGGGAGCUACGCUAUCGAGAAGUCCUGCCUAUUACUAUUUACGGACCAUUAA